AUGAGCCAACUACGCAGUGACAUACUAAGCAAAGGAAAACAUGCACCACAAGAAUUAGAAGAUUCGUUCGUAAAUAAUAACAAUAAAGUCAGCUCACCAACUUCUAACAAUUCAACAAUUGAAUCUAACAAUCUGUCAAUUGAACAAAGUGAAGCAACUAAAGCAGUUGAGACUACUGAAAUGACUGGCGGAGAAAUAAUUGAUGAUUCUGAAACUUCUGACGAUGACGACGAAGAGAAUUGGUCAAAUAUAAUUGAGAGCUGGGUUGACAUAUUAGACCUUGAAAAUCAGUUAGAAAAUGGUAAAAUUGUAGAUAAUGAACCGCCUGAAUUUGAGUUUUGUGGGCAUAUUAUUCACCUCGCAGAUGAUCCGUCGGCCAAAUGGAAUUUGUCAGAAUUAUUUGAUAGUUCAUUAGAUGCACCUAUUUCCUUUGUUUUUUAG